AUGGAUGGCCCGUUACACAGAGCCGUGGUGGAUAAGAAGCCCGUGCCAGAGAUUGAUUUCACAUUGCAUAUCAUGGAAGAUGGCUCCCAGGUGAGCACUCAAGAACGAGUAUGCAAGGAUGUCCAGGCUCCGGCCAUGCAACCCCCCACGAACGAACAGUUUUGGUCUUCCAGCGACCGAUCAAAGCCGAACUUGUCCUUCCUGAAGCAACACUUUUACCGAGAAGGUCGGUUGACUGAAGAGCAAGCCUUGUGGAUCAUAAGUGAGGGUACAAAACUCCUGAAGGCGGAACCAAAUCUGCUGGAAAUGGAUGCUCCCAUCACUGUGUGCGGCGAUGUCCAUGGACAAUACUUUGAUCUCAUGAAGCUGUUUGAAGUAGGCGGGGAUCCUGCUGAAACUAGAUAUCUCUUUCUGGGGGAUUAUGUCGACCGUGGGUACUUCAGCAUUGAGUGCGUGCUUUACUUGUGGUCUCUCAAGAUUUGGUACCCAAAUACCUUGUGGCUUCUUCGCGGAAAUCAUGAGUGCAGGCAUUUGACCGACUACUUCACCUUCAAACUCGAAUGCAAACACAAAUACUCGGAAAAGGUCUACGACGCAUGCAUGGACUCCUUCUGUGCCUUGCCACUGGCUGCUGUCAUGAACAAGCAAUUUCUGUGUAUACACGGUGGCCUAAGCCCAGAAUUGCACACCCUGGAGGAUAUCAAGAGCAUUGACCGAUUCCGCGAGCCUCCCACUCAUGGCCUCAUGUGUGACAUCCUCUGGGCCGAUCCUCUGGAGGAAUUCGGUCAAGAGAAGACCGGGGAAUACUAUGUGCACAACCACGUCAGGGGCUGCUCCUAUUUCUUUUCCUAUCCGGCCGCUUGCAACUUCCUUGAGAAAAAUAACCUCCUCUCCAUCAUUCGUGCGCACGAGGCUCAGGAUGCCGGCUAUCGGAUGUAUCGCAAGACGCGAACAACUGGUUUCCCCAGUGUCAUGACCAUUUUCAGCGCGCCAAACUACCUUGAUGUCUACAACAACAAAGCUGCAGUGCUCAAAUACGAAAACAAUGUUAUGAACAUCAGACAGUUUAACUGCACCCCUCAUCCUUACUGGCUUCCGAACUUCAUGGAUGUCUUCACAUGGUCUCUACCUUUCGUCGGUGAGAAGAUCACAGACAUGCUGAUUGCCAUCCUUAACACCUGCUCUAAGGAAGAAUUGGAGGAAGAUACACAGAGCUCGAGCAUGGAACCCGAGACACCUCCAUUUGGCGCCGAUCCAGAAUCCACAGAAGCCAAGCGGCGAGCCAUCAAGAACAAGAUCCUCGCCAUUGGGCGACUUUCCAGGGUCUUCCAAGUCUUGCGUGAAGAAUCUGAACGCGUCACUGAGCUGAAGACUCAAUCCGGAGGUCGCCUGCCGGCAGGGACUUUGAUGUUGGGUGCUGAGGGCAUCAAGCAGGCGAUCCACAACUUUGAGGACGCUCGUAAAGUUGAUCUCCAAAACGAACGUCUCCCACCGUCGCCAGAGGAAAUCGAGAAGCGCAGCGCCGAGGAUAGGCGAGCUGCACUGGAGAGAGCAGCCACUGAAGCAGAGAACGACGCUAACCUGCAGGGCGUGGCAAGGAGAAUCAGCUUGUAA